UAAGGCGGCGGCCUGUCCGCGUUCAGCCCAAACGCACGAGGGACAGUAGGGAACUGAAAUCCGCUGGCUCCAAGCCGGGCCGCCUACGAGGAUGUGCUCCCUGUCGUUGUUCCCACCGUCACCGCCUUGGGACCAAGUGACGCUUUACGAGUACAACAACGAAUUAGUGACGGGUGACAGUUAUGAAAGCCCGCCCCCCGACUUCCGGGGUCAGUGGAUCAACCUUCCUGUUCUGCAUCUGUCAAAAGACCCCCUGAAGACCCCCGGGCGCCUGGACCACGGCAGCACAACGGCCUUCAUCCUUCACCGGGAGAGUAUCUGGAAGAGAUGCAUCAAUGCCUGGUGCGAGAUGGGGCUUUCGGGUGUGCUGACCGAGGUGGCCAACUCUGAGGAGGAAGUGUUCCAGUGGGUGAAGACGCUGUCGAGCUGGGCCCUGGCGUCGUGCCGCUGGGGCGCCUCCCUCCACGGCUCUCUGUUUCCUCAUCUGUCGCUCCGGAGCGAGGACCUCAUUGCCGAGUUUGCCCAAGUCACAAACUGGGCCACCUGCAGCCUGCGGGCCUUUGCCUGGCACCCCCACACCAAUAAGUUUGCUGUGGUGCUGAUGGACGACUCCAUCCGGGUGUACAACGCCAACAGCACCAUCGUGCCCUCCCUGAAGCAUCGGCUGCAGCGGAACGUGGCCGCCCUCGCGUGGAAGCCCCUCAGUGCCUCCGUGCUGGCUGUGGCCUGCCAGAGCUGCAUUCUCAUCUGGACGCUGGAUCCCAACUCCCUGUCCACCCGGGUCUGGGAGGCGCAGAUGUGGACCUGUGAGCGAUGGCCGACUUUGUCGGGGCGCUGCCAGACCGGCUGCUGGAGCCCGGAUGGGAACCGCCUGCUGUUCACAGUCUUGGGGGAGCCGCUUAUCUACUCCCUGACCUUCCCAGAGCGGAGCAGGGAGGGAAAGGGGCAGGUCGGAGGUGCCAAGACGGCUACCAUUGUGGCAGACCUGUCUGAGACUGUGAUCCAGACCCCUAACGGGGAGGAAAGGCUGGGCGGAGAAGCUCACUCCAUGGUCUGGGAUCCCAGUGGAGAGCGCCUGGCCGUGCUCAUGAAAGGAAACCCCCAUGUCCGGCACGGCAAGCCUGUCAUCCUCCUGUUCCGGACCCGCAACAGCCCCGUGUUUGAGCUGCUUCCCUGCGGCGUGGUGCAGGGAGAGCCUGGCGCCUGGGCUCAGCUGAUCACCUUCCACCCGUCCUUCAACAAGGGUGCCCUCCUCACCGUGUGCUGGUCCACGGGCCGAAUCGCCCACAUUCCUCUGUAUUUUGUCAAUGCCCAGUUCCCCCGCUUCAGCCCCAUGCUGGGCCGGACCCAGGAGCCUCCUGCUGGAGGAGGGGGCACCACCUACAUGCCUCUGUUUACUGAGAACACUCCAAUUUCCAGCUCCUGGGACCCCUGUCCAGGAACCUCCUGGUCCCCCAACAGCCAUUAAUAAACCUUCUCUUCA